UGUGGGUGGCUCUCUGAAGACGCGUGUCUCAAGUUAAUCCCUCUCUCUCUCCCUAAUCCUCAAUCCCCUCUCUCUGCCUCUACUCCAGAGCGAUCCCGUCCGCCCGUGCUGGACCUGGCCGGAGCACGGCGCCGGGAGGGUUGCUGCCGCUUGCAAAGUGCGACGUCGAGGGCGGGAGGAGCCGCGGCGGGAGGAAGCGGUUGUGCAGCCGCGCACGGCGCGAAGGAAGGUGGUGGUGCUGCUCGGCAGCCGCGCGCGACGGGAGGUGGUGGUGCUGCUCGGCAGCCGCGCGCGGCGGAGGUGGUGGUGCUGCUGCGGGCGCGGAGGGAUGAAGUAGCGCUGCUCGACGAUCGCGCGCGGCAGGUGGUGCUACUGAUUGCCAGUGGUGAGGGCGAGCGCGAGCCUGUGGCGGCCGCGCAGGUGGCUAGUCCGGUGGCCGCCGAGGGCCACGAACUGAUCCCCACCGGCUGCGGCGGCGGCGCGGCGCAUCUUCUUGUGGAAGCCGGCGACAGCGCCGAGGGAGAGCGAGAGGGAGAGGGACACGGCCUGGUCCGCUGCUGGUCUCCGGUGAUUGGUCAUGGACGGACGAACUGCUCUGGGUUGUGAGAUGUGAGAUCCUGAGAAGUUGAAGUUUGCGGGAUCGUGGCAGAAGGAUUGGAUGGAUUCAGAGAAAAGCCAAAGCUAAGGAUUGGAUGGAUUCACAGGAAAGCCACGGGGAGUCGGGCGCGGCCACGGCCACGGUGGCGAGCCGGGCGCGGGAACAGUCACGGUCGUCGGGAGCUCGCGGUGGGCAUAUUGGAUAGUGGAAGCUCCGGCGUGCUCAAAGCGUUUGACGAAAUGUCAAGCCCAACCUGAUGGUUGUUAAAUUUUGUUGUUAACGCCAGUAAUCAUAUGCAUGUAUGCAACUAAACGCCGAAUGAAAAUUGCAUCUCCAUGACAAGAUCCCUCAUGCAGGCAAUCAAUCAAGUGGUUAUCUACAUUUUUUUGCCAUGUUUUCCCUUACCCAGGCCCUCCUCAGCCUGGCUCGUUUUUGCUCUUCUAGCCUGGCCCGGUGGAGAAACUAACCAAAUACGCCCUGAGAGUGCGUGGCGCCUGAGAGUGCGUGGCGGCCAGCGUGUUCGCGCCUCUUCCACAUCUUCCUCCCCCCGUGUUCUCCUACCUACCCACCUCCCGCCCCUCCCUCCCUUGGUCGCCACUGUAUUUAUUCCCUCCACCUCUCACUCUCUCUCUUCCAACUCUCACGACGCUCUGCGUGCACCGGUACCAACUCGCGAGCCGUUUGUUUGUCUAGUGCAGGCAGGCUCUGCUCCUUGGCCAUUCCAGGGAGCUCUCUGUCUCUCGUAUAGCAGAGGAUCAUGAUCAAGGUCGCGGCGCCGGAGGUGCAGCAGCCGCAGGGUGUCGCCGCAGCCGAGGCGGUCUCGGCGGUGGUGCCGGAGGCGACCAUCUUCCGGUCCAAGCUUCCGGACAUCGACAUCCCGAGCCACCUGCCCCUGCACGAGUACUGCUUCGCCAAGGCGGCCGAGCUCCCGGACGCGCCGUGCCUCAUCGCCGCGGCCACGGGGAGGACCUACACGUUCGCCGAGACGCAUGCGUUCUGCCGCAAGGCCGCCGCGGCGCUGCACCGCCUCGGCGUCGGCCACGGCGACCGCGUCAUGAUCCUGCUCCAGAACUGCGUGGAGUUCGCCGUCGCCUUCUUCGGCGCGUCCUUCCUCGGCGCCGUCAGCACGGCGGCCAACCCGUUCUGCACCCCGCAGGAGAUCCACAAGCAGUUCGUCGCCUCCGGCGCCAAGGUGAUCGUCACCCAGUCCGCCUACGUCGACAAGCUCCGGCACGAGAGCUUCCGGAGAAUCAGUACAAGCGGUGGCGAGGACACGCUCACCGUGAUCACCGUCGACGACGAGGCGACCACCCCGGAGGGCUGCCUGCCCUUCUGGGGGAUCGUCGGGUCCGCCGACGAGGGCUCGGUCCCGGAGGUGUCCAUCUCGCCGGACGACGCCGUGGCGCUGCCCUACUCGUCGGGCACGACGGGGCUGCCCAAGGGCGUGGUGCUGACGCACGGGGGCCUGGUGUCGAGCGUGGCGCAGCAGGUGGACGGCGAGAACCCGAACUUGUACAUGCGGGAGGGGGACGUGGCGCUCUGCGUGCUGCCCCUGUUCCACAUCUUCUCGCUCAACUCGGUGCUGCUGUGCGCGGUGCGCGCCGGCGCGGCCGUGAUGCUGAUGCCCAAGUUCGAGAUGGGCGCCAUGCUGGCGGGCAUCGAGCGGUGGCGGGUGACGGUGGCCGCCGUGGUGCCGCCGCUGGUGCUGGCGCUGGCCAAGAACCCGGUGGUGGAGCAGCACGACCUGAGCUCCAUCCGGAUCGUGCUCUCCGGCGCCGCGCCGCUCGGCAAGGAGCUCGAGGACGCGCUACGUGGCCGCCUGCCGCAGGCCAUCUUUGGACAGGGGUACGGGAUGACGGAGGCCGGGCCGGUGCUGUCCAUGUGCCCGGCGUUCGCGAGGGAGCCGACGCCGGCCAAGUCCGGGUCGUGCGGCACGGUGGUGCGCAACGCGGAGCUCAAGGUGGUGGACCCCGACACGGGCCUCUCCCUCGGCCGCAACCUCCCCGGCGAGAUCUGCAUCCGCGGCCCGCAGAUCAUGAAAGGCUACCUGAAUGACCCCGUGGCCACGGCCGCGACGAUCGACGUCGAGGGGUGGCUGCACACCGGCGACAUCGGCUACGUCGACGACGACGACGAGGUCUUCAUCGUCGACCGCGUCAAGGAGCUCAUCAAGUUCAAGGGCUUCCAGGUGCCGCCGGCCGAGCUGGAGGCUCUGCUCAUCGCGCAUCCGUCCAUCGCCGACGCGGCCGUCGUACCGCAAAAGGAUGACGCCGCCGGUGAGGUCCCGGUCGCAUUCGUGGUCCGCGCCGCCGAUUCCGACAUCGCCGAGGAGGCCAUCAAGGAGUUCGUAUCCAAGCAGGUGGUGUUUUACAAGAGGCUGCACAAGGUGUACUUCACCCAUGCGAUCCCCAAGUCGGCGUCAGGGAAGAUACUGAGGAAAGAGCUGAGAGCCAAACUCGUCUCCCCCGUCACUGCCUGAACAACUACUACUACAUCCAAGAUGUCAUUUUUUGACGGCCGGCAAUUCCAAGAUAUACUCCCUUCGUUCCAAAAUAGGUGCCGUGGUUUUAAUUCAAUUUUGGAACGGAGGGAGUAUAUGUCUGGCCUUUGUCAUUUGAAAGACUAUACCAUGCAGAUGAAAGUUCUGCCCGUACCAUGUUUUUGUAUGUUAUAUACUCUCUCCAUUGAGUAGAUGUAUUGGGUUCAUGAUGAUGUUAAAUCAGGAUUGGUUCAUUUUUAUAUCAUCUUGUUUGCAUUCGA